GGUUGUGUUUUAGGAGUCCAACUGGAUUGCUAGAGAACUGAUCCCAAGGACAGAGGGGCAAAGAAUGUGCUACGGCAGCUGCGCCAGAUGUAUUGGCUACUCGCUUCUCAUUCUGGCAAUAUUCUGCAUUGCGGCAAACAUUUUGCUUUAUUUUCCCAAUGGAGAGACCAAGUAUGCUUCCGAGAACCACUUGAGUAGAUUUGUAUGGUUCUUCCAGGGCAUUGGUGGUGCAGGGCUACUGAUGCUGCUUCCAGCAGGAGUUUUCAUUGGACUGGAACAAGAGGAUUGCUGUGGCUGCUGUGGCCAUGAGAGAUGUGGGAAAAGCUGUGCAAUGCUCUCAUCUAUUUUGGCUGCGUUAAUUGGAGUUGCUGGAGCUGGAUACUGUGUUGUCAUUUCUGCACUGGGCUUAGUUGAGGGGCCACUGUGUUUAAACAACGGAGAUUGGUCUUAUGCAUUCAGCGACACUAAUGGGAAAUAUCUGACAAAGUAUCAAACCUGGUCCACAUGCAUCGAACCAAGGAAUGUUGUUGUGUGGAAUGUUACUUUGUUUUCCAUACUUCUGGGUCUGUCUGGAAUCCAGGUCAUCCUGUGCCUAAUUCAGAUCAUUAAUGGCUUAAUUGGUGGGAUAUGCGGUGUGUGGUGCUGCCAAGAUACAUCACAGUCCUACGCUUGCUGAGUUAUACAAGACUUUGGCUGACCCAGAAAAAUGCAAUAAUGAAGAAAAGACGUGUACUGUAUGGCAAUGUAUGAUUUGUCCUCUGCUUUCUACUGGAUGGAACAGAGUACAGUGAAAGAACCAUCUGUCAGAGUGUAAAGAACUUGGACACAAAGUGCUCCUACUCUCCCCUCAUCUAUUCUACUGUGUGCGAAUGGGGUGGGGUAUUUUGCAUUAACAUUGUUUGUUUGUUUUUAUUUAAUAUUGUUUUAUUAUUAAUACAAUAAAUGCUCUAUUAGAAAAUGCA